CACAAUGAUGCUCCUGAUUCUGGUGGCCAUCUUUGGGCUGGGUUUGGCCCAGCACAACCCAAACACGAAAAAUGGUAGAACGUCCAUUGUUCAUCUGUUUGAGUGGCGUUGGGCAGACAUAGCUGAAGAAUGCGAGAGAUAUCUGGCACCAAACGGCUAUGGAGGAGUUCAGAUCUCUCCCCCAAGUGAACACGUCAAGCUGACCAAUCCUUGGCAUCCUUGGUGGCAGAGAUAUCAACCAAUCAGCUAUAACCUGUGCUCCAGAUCAGGAACUGAAGCAGAACUUAAAGACAUGAUCACACGCUGUAACAAUGUUGGGGUGAACAUUUACGCUGAUGUGGUCAUCAAUCACAUGUGUAAAUCAAUUCAUGGAGCUGGAACUCCUUCAAGCUGUGGAUCACAUUUUGACGCCAAUAAGGAAGACUUCCCCACUGUUCCCUACUCAUAUCUGGACUUCAAUGAUGGCAAAUGUAAAUCUGCCAGCGGGCAAAUUGAAAGCUACAACGAUAUUUACCAGGUCAGAGAUUGCCGUUUGGAAGACCUCCUGGAUUUGGCCCUGGAGAAGGACUAUGUUAGAGGAAAGGUGGCUGAAUACCUGAACAAGCUGAUUGAAUUGGGUGUUGCUGGAUUCAGAGUAGAUGCUUGUAAGCACAUGUGGCCUGGAGAUCUCAGUAACGUCUACAGCAGGCUCAAGACCCUGAAUACCAAAUGGUUUCCAUCUGGUACUAAACCCUUCAUUUAUCAAGAGGUUAUUGAUUUAGGUGGGGAGCCCAUUAAAGCCAGCGAGUACUACGGGCUGGCAAGAGUGACAGAGUUUAAACACAGUGCGAAAAUAGGCACAGCGGUCCGUAAAUGGGAUGGAGAGAAGCUAAGCUAUCUGAAGAACUGGGGAGAGGGCUGGGGUUUCAUGCCCUCUGAUAAAGCUUUGGUUUUUGUGGACAAUCAUGAUAAUCAAAGGGGCCAUGGUGCUGGUGGAGCUUCCGUUCUGACAUUCUGGGACUCCAGGCUUUAUAAGAUGGCAGCAGGAUUCAUGUUGGCUCAUCCAUACGGUGUGACAAGAGUAAUGUCUAGUUACCAAUGGGAUCGUAAAAUUGUGAAUGGAAAGGAUGAGAAUGACUGGAUGGGACCUCCAAGCUUUUCUGAUGGAUCCACUAAGCCUGUACCCAUCAACCCAGACUCCACCUGUGGCGACGGCUGGGUAUGUGAGCACAGAUGGCGCCAGAUUAGAAAUAUGGUGAUUUUCCGUAAUGUAGUCAACGGUCAGCCCCUCUUCAACUGGUGGGACAACGGUAAUAGUCAGAUUGCCUUUAGCCGUGGCAGCAAGGGAUUUAUUGUCAUCAAUAAUGAUAAUUGGGAACUGAAUGCGACACUGAACACUGGCCUGCAGUCAGGCACGUACUGUGACAUCAUCUCUGGAGAAAAGAGUGGGAACAGUUGCACAGGGAAACAGGUGUCAGUGGAUUCUGAUGGAAAAGCCACCUUCAGCAUCAGCCACACAGAAGAAGAUCCAUUCAUGGCCAUCCAUGCUGACUCAAAACUGUAGAUUCAGUCACAAUGAAUUAUAAUAAAGCAACUGAAAAUGG